CUAAUUUUACAGUUUAAAAUGCUGAAUUUUUCUGGUUGAAAUUGGGACAGGUGAAAUUUUAGUAGAAUUUGUUGGUUAUAUCUUUUUGUUGUUCAGUCGAUUUGCAUCUUGGUCUGCCUUCUACAUGUAUUAAGGAGCUCCAUAAUUCCAUGUAAAGUAAGCAAGUAUGUGUAUAAUGCGAAUUCCAACUUGAUGGGGUUAUAGAUUAGCUUAUUUAUUGCUAGGAUUCUAGAUUUGGGUUUACUAAUCAAGCAUCAUGGUCUAUUUCGACUUUUAGAGUAGAAUGCUGAUUUAUAUAAUUUUUUCCUAGAGUUUAUGAUACAGAGGUAAAAUUGAAAAUUGUCAAUGUGGAAGAUGAAGGUUACGUAGCAUUGAACAUGUGAAAAGUUAAGCCUGAUGAGGGAUGGAUUUGGAAGGGGAAGUUGUGUAUCAUUGUUAAGUGGUGGGUAGAGCAUGACAAGUCAUUCAUGUCUAUCAAUAAUGAGCUGAAUGAUUGAGGUUUGUGGCAUGUUACUGUUCUGAUAUUAUUUUUGGGAAAAUGAUAUUAUUGGUCAAAAGAUUCAAUUGCCCGGGGAGAAAAUAGUUCUUACGUUUUUAAUAGAUAGGUUUUGGGAGUCAUCCUGGUAUUCAUUCUGAGAACUCAAUUCUCCAAAAAAGGUUUCAACAGAUAAAGUUGUUCUGUUUACAUUUGCGGCCCAAAUCUCAAGUUGGGCAUCCAACUGUCCAUCCCCUCCCCUAGACUUCUACAGCCAAUUGGCUGGGGAGGAGAUCAUUCUUAUUUAUAGAUAGAUGCAUUAGGUCUUGAGAAUUUAAUUUUAACUUUUAAAUUUCAUAGGGUGAGUUGUUUUAGUUCUUAUCUAUGGCGCAAAGGUGAAGUCGGUCUCCGUCUUCCCUAGCUUUCUUAAUUUUGGUAGAUGGCGUGGGGUUACAUCUUGGUAUUGGUUUCUGAUGAAUUAACAAGUAUACCUCAAUCUUAAGCUAGCUUGGGUUAUGAAUUAUAUUAUCCAUUUCACUCCAUUUGUAUCCUUGCAUUCCAAUCUUCAAUAACUUGGAAUUCUAUAUUAUUCUACUGACCUACAAAUCAUAAAAAGACUCCUUCUCAGCAGAGGAUCAUAGGUAAUCAUACCAACAUGACUAUGCCCUAGUUCCAACUAGUUGGUAUUGCCUUUUAAAUUCAUAAGGCAAAUUGUACAUUUUACAUCUAUAGUCCAAAGGUGAGGUAGACGACAAUCUCUGGUCUCCCAGUCGGUCUAUCCCAGCCCAAUUUAAGUGAGGGCGAGAGGAACCUAGAUGUGCGGGGCAUUUGUAGAGAAUGGAACAAUGUUUUUUGAAUCCAAUAGGCAACUAAAUAUGAGACAUGAAAGCAGUGCUUUAAAACGUGAACUUGGUCGCCAUUAGCUCUUGUCCUCAGUCCUCCCAAGGACAGGAUGUGUGGGUAAAUGCUUAUGUUCUGGGGAAGAUUGCUUUGCUUUUAGGAAGACCACAAGAAACUUGGGAUCAGUGAAAAUUGGUGAAUGAAAAGGUCUUCCGCUGCCGCAGUAUUCUAGACACCAACAUUCUAUUUUGCUUGUGGAUUGAUGCUGCAUAGGUUACCAGGUCCAUUUGUUCUGCAUGGAUCCUAAUAACUCUUUGGAUGAUAAGUCUGAAAGCAGACUUUAUGUUGGAAACCUUGAUCUUAGAAUAUCAGAGGCUACUUUGAUUAAGAUGUUUUCUUCCUUUGGAAAGAUUGUUGCGGAAGACUUCCUGUGGCACACUCGUGGCCCUAAGCGUGGGGAGCCACGCGGCUAUGCUUUUGUCCAGUUUAGCACUAAAGAGGAAGCUGUAUUGGCCAAGGAGAAGAUGCAUGGAAGAUUGGUCUGUGGGCGACCUUUGGUCGUUAAGCUUGCCAGCGAGAAAUAUUUGAUGGAAGGGGCUGGAAAUUCUUCUUUCGGAGCUGGUGGUGAGACAAGCAGAUCAAACUUUGUAGCUGGCUCCUCGUCGCAAAUGAGCAAGAGUGCCAAAAUAGCUGCAAUUAAGAACAAAUUGAAGGCCAUGGAAGAAGAGAGCCAUAACUCAAAGAGACAAAAAAAUGGCUGAUAAACUCUCAGAUGGUUGAUGUCAGAUAUCAAGCUUAGUUGAAGUUUUCUGGUUUCUCAUCUAAUUUUCCAUCUUUGGAUCUUUGUAUUAUGACAAAUGACAAUGACAAUGACAGGAUAAUAUUAUUAUUAUGGUUCAUAAACCUCUUUGCAGAAUGAUAUCAACUUUGUUUUAAUUAGUAAAAGAAAAUACUAUCAAACUUUGUUUUCCUGGCAAUAACCUGACAAGUGACACGUUAUUUUGCAAAUCUACCUAUUCUCGUUACGCACUUGAAUUUCAAACUCAAAUUUGGAUCAUACUUUAAUCGUUAAAGGGUUUGUUU